GGAAACUUCCACUCGGCGAGAGACAGUGUGUGUGAGAGACAGGAGGAAGCGGAUUUGGAGCUGUACUGUACAGCGAUACACGACUGAGAGAGGGGGACCCAGAGACACAGCCCCCCACCUCCUGCUUUCACCGAAACUGUGCACAAGACGAAGGCGACUUUCGGAGAAUUAUUAUUAAUAAGAGUAAUAAUAGCAAUAACACGGCGGCAUUGAUUGAUUUUGCAGUCACAAUGAAGAAAAAUAACUCUGUGAAACGGGGCCCCCAGGAUACGAGCCAGCCGGCUUCCCAGCCUGAGAAAACUGGCUGGAUCCGUAAAUUCUGUGGAAAGGGAAUAUUCCGGGAGAUCUGGAAAAACCGUUUCGUGGUGCUGAAAGGAGACCAACUUUACAUUUCUGAAAAAGAGAUCCUCUCCAGUGUGGCUGCUAACCCCGACACCGCUCCCUUCAGAUCCUCUCCAGUGUGGCUGCUAACCCCGACACCGCUCCCUUCAGAUCCUCUCCAGUGUGGCUGCUAACCCCGACACCGCUCCCUUCAGAUCCUCUCCAGUGUGGCUGCUAACCCCGACACCGCUCCCUUCAGAUCCUCUCCAGUGUGGCUGCUAACCCCGACACCGCUCCCUUCAGAUCCUCUCCAGUGUGGCUGCUAACCCCGACACCGCUCCCUUCAGAUCCUCUCCAGUGUGGCUGCUAACCCCGACACCGCUCCCUUCAGAUCCUCUCCAGUGUGGCUGCUAACCCCGACACCGCUCCCUUCAGAUCCUCUCCAGUGUGGCUGCUAACCCCGACACCGCUCCCUUCAGAUCCUCUCCAGUGUGGCUGCUAACCCCGACACCGCUCCCUUCAGAUCCUCUCCAGUGUGGCUGCUAACCCCGACACCGCUCCCUUCAGAUCCUCUCCAGUGUGGCUGCUAACCCCGACACCGCUCCCUUCAGAUCCUCUCCAGUGUGGCUGCUAACCCCGACACCGCUCCCUUCAGAUCCUCUCCAGUGUGGCUGCUAACCCCGACACCGCUCCCUUCAGAUCCUCUCCAGUGUGGCUGCUAACCCCGACACCGCUCCCUUCAGAUCCUCUCCAGUGUGGCUGCUAACCCCGACACCGCUCCCUUCAGAUCCUCUCCAGUGUGGCUGCUAACCCCGACACCGCUCCCUUCAGAUCCUCUCCAGUGUGGCUGCUAACCCCGACACCGCUCCCUUCAGAUCCUCUCCAGUGUGGCUGCUAACCCCGACAC